AUGUUCUUUAUUCACUUGAGUAUUCUACUAAUAAGCAUAAGUUAUGUAUCGUUAUCAACAGUUAAUUGUCCAGUUGAAGCUGAUCCGGCAACAAUUUUAAGUUGUGUGGCUAUUGACGCAGUGGGAUUGGUUGAAGCUACCAAAGGAAACAUUAAAGUAUUUUGUGCAAUGGCAGAAAGAUUUAUGGAAUGCGUUAAAACAAAAACAAGAGGAUGCGUUGGAGAGGAGUUCGUACGUGGUUCAUUGUCGGAAUUAAUUGAAUUAUCACAAAAAUGUUGUGUAAAUACAAACGAAAAACCAAGUGAAGAAUGUCCAUUUAAUGCUAAACCAAAUUGUUUUUCAACAAAUGAUGUUGCUUUAUCGACGGAUGGACACGAAAUUCCAAUUGGUGAUUUGAAACUAGGCGAUACAGUGCUUGCUAUUGAUCAGAAUCAAAAUAUUAUAUCAUCGGAUGUUGUUGCAAUCUUACAUUACGAAAAUAACAGUCAAGUAUUAUUUUAUACUAUCACGACUGAAUUUGGUUCUCAACUCUCUGUCACAUCUGAACAUUUGAUAUUUAUUGGUAAUGAUCGUUAUAUUCAGGCGAAAGAUCUAACACUGAAUAACACUUUAUAUGUUGUCCAUAAUACUGUAUUACGUGAAGAGAAAAUCGAAUCAAUAAAUUAUAAAAUAAAACGUGGCUAUUCGACUCCCGUAACAAGUGCUGGAACAAUAAUUGUAAAUAAAAUUGGUUCAUCAUGUUAUUCAACAGUUUAUAGUCAUCGAUUAGCUCACUAUGUUUUGGCACCAUUAAGAUGGUUAUACUAUGUUAAAAAACAACUAAAAAUGGUAGACACUAAUCGUAUUGAAAAUGGGAUACAUUGGUAUCCAAAGACAUUGAAUAAUAUCAUGUAUACAAUCUUACCAACAAUUUUUACUUCAACAAAAUUAUAA